AUGCUACAUGUGGUUACUAGACGUAAAGGCAAAUCCCACCAGUCGCUCUACAUUUUUCCCGGUCGCCUUCCUCUCUCGCGCUUCGCCUAUCCCCUCUCCUGCCGCCAUCCUUUCUCCCGUCGCCCUCCUCUCUCCCGUCACCCUCCUCUCUCCCGUCGCUUAUCCUAUCUCCCGCCGCCUUCGCUCUCCCGUCGCCUUCCGCGCUCUCUCUCCCGUCACCUUCGCGCUCUCUCUCCCGUCGCCUUCGAGCUCUCUCUCCCGACAACUUUGCGCUCUCACUCCCGUCGCUUUCGCGCUCUCCCUCCUGUCGCCUUCGCGCUCUCUUACCCGUCUCCUCCGCGCUCUCUUUCUCGUCACCUCCGCGCUCUCCCUCCCGUCGCCUUUGCGCUCUCUUUCUCGUCGCCUUCGCGUUCUCACUCCCGUCGCCUUCGCGCUCUCACUCCGGUCGCCUCCGCGCUCUCUUUCCCAUUGCCUCCUCACUCUCUCUCCCGUCGCCUCCGCGCUCUCUCCCUUCCCCGCCCGUCGUUCUUCCUCUAUCCGCUCCCCUCUUGUCGUUUUCCCUCUCACUCCUCCCCUCCCGACGUUUUUCCUCUCUCCCCUAAAAGUCCCAUCUCAUCGCUGACAUCGCUUCCAAAACCUAAUAUCUUGCCUUCGCCCUCUCUCUCUACCCUUCCCCCCCCCGUCUCCCUUGCUCUCUCCCCUUCCUCCCGUCACCCUUGA